AUGAAGAUUCAAGGCUUCGUUGGAAGCGCGUUUCUCCUGCUUCUGUCGGCGACUGAGGUCUUCGCCGCACCGGCCGACCCAAAUUCCCUCGAAGCUCGGACUUCCCGUUGCAAUCGAAAGGAUUGGAAUUGCAACAACUGGGACUGGAACAAGUGUGUCUGUAAUGAUAAACACUGCCAGAAGGAUUUGAAAUGUAAAGAUUGGAACUGGGACAAGUGUGUCUGCAACGACAAGCAUUGUGAUCGAAAGGAUUGGAAGUGUAAGGACUGGGAUUGGAACAUGUGUGUCUGCAACGACAAGCAGGUGUGCCACAAGGAUCCUAAGUGCAACAAUUGGGAUUGGAACAAGUGUGUCUGCAACGACAAGCAUUGUGAUCGAAAGGAUUGGAAGUGUAAGGACUGGGAUUGGAACAGGUGUGUCUGCAACGACAAGCAUUGUGAUCGAAAGGAUUGGAAGUGCAGGAACUGGGACUGGAAAAAGUGUGUUUGCAACGACAAGCCCUGUCAGAAGGAUCCUAAGUGCAACAACUGGGAUUGGAACAGGUGCGUCUGCAACGACAAGCAUUGUGAUCGAAAGGAUUGGAAUUGUAAGAACUGGGACUGGAACAGGUGUGUCUGCAACGACAAGCAGGUGUGCCACAAGGAUCCUAAGUGCAACAACUGGGAUUGGAACAGGUGCGUCUGCAACGACAAGCAUUGUGAUCGAAAGGAUUGGAAUUGUAAGAACUGGGACUGGAACAGGUGUGUCUGCAACGACAAGCAGGUGUGCCACAAGGAUCCUAAGUGCAACAACUGGGAUUGGAACAGGUGUGUCUGCAACGACAAGCAUUGUGAUCGAAAGGAUUGGAAGUGUAGGAACUGGGACUGGAAAAAGUGUGUUUGCAACGACAAGCCCUGUCAGAAGGAUCCUAAGUGCAACAACUGGGAUUGGAACAAGUGCGUCUGCAACGACAAGCCCUGCCAGAAGGAUCCUAAGUGUAACAACUGGGAUUGGAACAGGUGCGUCUGCAACGACAAGCCCUGCCAGAAAGAUCCUAAGUGCAACAACUGGGAUUGGAACAGGUGCGUCUGCAACGACAAGCAUUGUGAUCGAAAGGAUUGGAAUUGUAAGAACUGGGACUGGAACAAGUGUGUUUGCAACGACAAGCCCUGCCAGAAGGAUCCUAAGUGUAACAACUGGGAUUGGAACAAGUGCGUCUGCAACGACAAGCCCUGCCAGAAGGAUCCUAAGUGUAACAACUGGGAUUGGAACAAGUGCGUCUGCAACGACAAGCCCUGCCAGAAGGAUCCUAAGUGCAACAACUGGGAUUGGAACAGGUGCGUUUGCAACGAUAAGCACUGA